CUACCAACAUCUACCCUUCUACUAAUGGACGCCAACGAGCACCACCCAUGGUGGGACCCAGGCAGUAGCAAUACGAGCCAAGGCGGCCAACAACUAGCAGAUUGGAUAGAAGACCAACACCUUAGCCUUCUUAACACGCCAGGAACGGCCACUUUCUUUAGACCCCAUCUAUCUAGAGAAACAACUCUAGAUCUAUCAAUCGCGACACCAGAUCUAGAAGACAAAGUAAAAGACUGGCAAAUAAUAACAGAAACCGGAUCUGACCACUAUGGGAUACUCUUCGCAAUU